CGCGGUUAAGGUUUGCAGUAUUUCACUUCUCUAUGCAGAGGGAGCCGGUAAAUCAGUGUUAAGUGAGGACUGGUAGAAUAAAACAAACAUGCAUUUCAAAGUCCGGGCUUCAACAAAAGAAGACUGCAAAGAAAUAUCGAGAAUGAUAUUGGAGUUGGCAGUUUUUGAGAAAAUGCCCGACCAAGUGAAGCUUACUCAUGAAGAACUGGAGCGGGACGGUUUCUGCCAGAAUCCCUUCUUUGAAUGCCUCGUUGCAGAAGUGCCUGAGGAGCAUAAAUCUAAAGAAGGAUUCACAAUUGUCGGAUACGCCCUUUACUUUUACACUUACAGUACAUGGAAAGGGCGGUCAGUGUAUCUGGAGGACCUGUACGUGAUGCCAGAAUUCAGGGGAAAAGGCAUUGGCAAGGGUUUACUGAGCAAAGUUGCUGAGGUGGGGAAGAAGAUGCAGUGUGUGCGGCUGCAGUUGUCUGUGUUGGACUGGAAUACUCCCUCUCGAGACUUCUACGCUGCUAAAGGAGCUCAGGACCUCACCGUCAGCGAAGGCUGGCACUUUCUACGUUUUGACGGACAAGACCUGGACAAUUUAGCAAAUGAAGCUCCUAAGGAUUAGAAAUUUGCCAUGAAACUGUGUAUCUUGCUGUGAAAAAAUUUGGCUGUUAAACAUUAACCCUGAAGACAGUGCCAGAAAAUGCUAAACUGUACUCAAUUCGUCACUACCUUGUCGUUCUCCUAGUUUAACAAAAUCUUGUUUCAUUCUAUUUGAAAGGACCUAUAUAUACUUUAGAAAUAUGAUUUUAAAUACUCUUUUAUCCAUUAAAGUACAUUUGACCAUCAUUAAUUUCUUCAUCUUUCAGUGCAGCAUGCAAAAACAGUUUGUGGACAUCAUUUCAUCUUGUAUAUCAAUUUUUGUGAAUCUGUAAAGAAAGUUUGCCUUUAUUAGUCCAGCCCUUGAUGAUUUUAAUCUUUGUAGGAUCUGAUGAUGCUUGGUGAAGAUUUUGGCAAAUUUACCAGCAACACAAUUUAAUCCAAUCUCAGAUGUAAUACCAUAUAUUUCCAGUAGGUGGCAAUGCUGAGGCUAAAUGCAUCAUACUUUCAGCCCUAUGUCAAAACCUCUCGUUAACAUUUCAUUGUUUUUUUACAAUCAGUCACUGGAAAUUAUGUUUAUUUUUUGUAUAAAACAUACUGAAAUCCAAAGGAACACAAGUAAAAUCAGCCAAAAGAGAAACUAUGAUAUUACAUUUGAAAUAUACACUUGGAGCUAAACAAGAUUAUAAUGCACAAAACGUACAAAGGCUAUGGUGAUAUGUGUUUUACCUUGUUAGUCAGGUGUUCUGGUUUAAAAGAGUCAAAAUAGAAUCACACUGUGUGAAAGCCUUUGUUGAAAGUUAGAGUAACACAUUUCCUCCGUGACUUUUGAACAGUCAAAUUACAUAAUCAGAUUUACUUUCUAUUACUGAUAUAUUUUGAUAAGACAAUUCUACUAAUAGUUGUAAAACCAGGCAGAUUAUUGAUCAGGUAGGUUUGCAAUAGAAUUUCAGAAUGGGCUCUUGAGCAUUUAACAUUUUUGCAGAGAAAUUAUCCUGAAUUUGUAGCACAGCCACAAGACAUGUUGGGUUUUGUGGAAGGUGUGUGCAUCUCAUAUUUCUUGACCAUUAAAACUUCUAGCAUGUUUGCGGAUACACAGAUAUUACAAAAGAUUACAACACUUUAUAUACUAACACAAACUUCAUAGACUUGAACACAAUUCUAAAAAAGGUUAAGGUGAUCUGAGGAUUAAAUAUAUAUGAUUGUUUUAUUCAUAGUCCUAGUAAGAGUGAUAGGGAAGUUUUUUUUUUAAUAAUCUGAAAACCUUCAAAAUAAUGUCAAAGUAGCACAAUCCUCCAUUGUCAGAGGAUCGGAGUCAUCUUAUAGCAAUCAUUAAAAUAAAAGAAAGGAAAGGUAAUUUGGUUAAAUUCUGUGCUUGUAUAAGGCAGUUUUUAAAAUAUUGGUAUCACCACCACAUUCUGGAGAUGUAGUCAAGCAUAUAAUAUGUUCAUAUUCUGUAGACUAGCAGUGAUCAACACUGUAACAAAUGUU